AUGACUGCAACACCAAAAGUUGCUUCGAUGGACGAUAAGCAUUAUUAUAAAGAUCCAACAAAAAAAGACAUACCAUCAACUCCCAUAGAGGAUACAAGCCAAGAAAAUGGAUAUGCCAGUCCAAGCCACAAGACACAUAGCAAAACACACCGAGUAUUGGACGACUAUUCUGUAAGCAUGGAUGGUAAUUACUCUCAUUACUCGACUGAGGACGAAACUGAACAAUUUCAUCCAGCUAGUGAGAAUCUUGACAACGAUGUUGCCAUACAGGGAUCAGAUAAUGAAGAUUGUUUACUCCAGGUUGAACACAAUGGCCCAACAAUAUUACGCGAUUCACCUUUACCUUCAGAGCUUCCCGAGUAUUCCCCACCUGACGAAGGUUCACAACAGUGUGACGGAAGUGUGAGAACAAACCCGGAUACAACAAACACUUCUAAGAACUCAUCACAACGUCGACAAAAUACAAAUGCUCACGUGCAAAGUGUUUCAACUUCUGAUCCCACCGGAGAAGCUACUGCUUCUGACACUAAUAGCAACCGUCCAAGAAUUAAACCAAAAAAAGUUCUUGGUAACUAUACAUUAACAAAGACAUUGGGUGCUGGUAGCAUGGGAAAAGUAAAAUUAGCAAUACAUUCAUUGACCGGUGAAAAGUUGGCCGUUAAGAUUAUCCCAAGAACACUUCCAUCUGACAAAGUUACAGAUAAUAAAAACAAAGACACAUCUAAAGAUGAUAAUAAGGAAAUUCGUACCAUUCGAGAAGCUGCAAUAAUGCUUUUAUUGAACCAUCCUUUUAUAGUUCAACUCAAAGAAGUAAUGGCGUUACCACACCAUUACUAUAUGUUCUUCGAAUAUGUUAAUGGCGGUCAAAUGUUGGAUUAUAUCAUCAGCCAUGGAAAACUAAAAGAGAAACAUGCUCGCAAAUUUGCUAGGCAGAUAGUAAGCGCAUUGGAUUUAAAAAUUGAAAAUAUCCUUAUAUCUAAAUCCGGUUCUAUUAAAAUUAUCGACUUUGGACUAUCAAAUUUGUAUUCACCACGCUCUCAUCUUUCAACUUUUUGUGGUUCACUGUAUUUCGCAGCACCGGAGUUGUUAAAUGCAAAAUUAUACACCGGCCCUGAAGUUGAUGUAUGGAGCUUUGGAAUUGUCCUCUAUGUUCUUGUUUGUGGUAAAGUACCAUUCGAUGAUCAAAGUAUGCCUGCUUUACAUGCAAAGAUUAAAAGAGGUGUGGUUGAAUAUCCUGGAUGGUUAAGUAGCGAUUGUAAACAUCUCCUUUCAAGGAUGCUUGUCACCAAUCCAAUGUAUCGUGCUACACUUGCAGAAGUAAUGAGUCAUCCGUGGAUGAAUAAAGGUUUCGAUGGGCCACCUGAAAAUUAUUUACCAUCACGAA